CUCAAGCCAGCUUGUCGAUCGCCGCAGUUCGAGCCUUUCUGUCGCUCCAUCCACAACCGCGACAAACUUCACGCAGCUUUGGAGCAUCAAUCGAGGGAGCGAGAAGGGCUGGAGUGGGCUCGUUUGGAAGGCUUUUGCGCACGCACGUUACGCACUGGGAUUUACUGGAUUUAAGGAAAUCAUUUGAAGUUUUAUGGAAUAAUAACAGCUUCGCCAUGAUACUAAAUAUAAAGCAGAUCCUGUGGUUAUAUUGUCUCUGUGAAGCAGCAACUGCAAGCGUCGCCAACUCAUUAUCCAUCAUGAAGCCAGUCACUGGUUCCCUCUCCGGGAAGGUUAACCUUCCCUGUUUCUUCUCAACUAUUCCAACCUUGUCACCAGUAAACGCCAACGCCACCGCCGCUUUUUCCGUAGACUACUUACGUAUCAAAUGGACAAAAAUAGAGGGAGAAGUCGAGUCAACAGUGUUAGUGGCACAAAAUGGGGUCAUCAAGAUUGGCUCCAGCUACAGGAACCGGGUAUCUGUGCCCAGUCACCCUGAGGAUGUGGGGGAUGCCUCAUUGACAAUGGUGAAGCUGCUUGCUAGCGAUGCGGGCACGUAUCGCUGUGAGGUCAUGUACGGUAUUGAGGACACCCAUGAUACAGUUAACCUCAAUGUUGAUGGUGUUGUCUUUCAUUACCGUGCCAACACCAGCAGGUACACGUUAGACUACGAGAAGGCUGUUGAGGAGUGCUACAACAUCGGCGCGGCUAUCGCCACAUACGACCAGCUGAAAGCCGCGUACCAGGAUGGUUUUGAUCAGUGUGAUGCUGGCUGGAUUGCUGACCAAACAGUGAGAUACCCGAUCAUAAAGCCCAGAAAAGGCUGCUAUGGCAACUUACAAAAUAAACCUGGUGUGAGGUCAUACGGAACCAGGAAACCCACAGAGACAUAUGAUGUAUACUGUUAUGUGGACAAACUUUAUGGUGACGUGUUCUACGCUCCUGUGUCCCAAAAAAUGACUUUUGAGGAAGCAAAGGAUGAGUGUAAGAAGAGGAAGAGUGAGCUGGCAACUCCCGGCCAGCUUCACGCUGCGUGGCGACGAGGCCUUGACAGGUGUGACUAUGGCUGGCUUUCAGACGGAAGUGCACGACAUCCUGUCGCUGUACCCAAAAUUCAGUGCGGGGGAGGCCUGCUGGGGGUCAGAACCAUGUAUCGCUAUAGGAACCAAACUGGAUUCCCAGAACCAACGACUCAGCUUGGAGCUUACUGUUUUAAAGGAAGGAAACUGAUGUUCAACCAAACUUCUUUUGUGGACAUAUCAGUGGCCAACAUUACAAGCAUAACCUUCGGUUCCUCCACCUUUCCUUUACUUGAGAGUAGUGUGGUUACUCAAACCCAAACUUCAGAAACUGGAUUAGAGGCUGAAGCAGACUCUGUAGUUCCUCCAAAUCUUCCAUCUAUGUUUUCUACUAGUAUGGUUCCACCUCAACCGACUCCAGUAGGCAAAGAAGAGGAGUUAUUCACUACUGUGGCACCGACCAUUAUGGAAGACCAUGAAGACAUUGAUGAGCUAACACCAGUAGACCCGGACUUUGAUGUUGAUGACUUUAUACAUGAGAAGGUAACAUAUGCUGAAUCCGUUCCCCAACGUGGUGACACAUUGCCAGAGCUCCACUUCACAACUGGAAGUGCUGACGCAACAGAGUCUGUGUUCAAAACAAUGGGAGAGCCAGACGAUCAUUCAGUAAUUGAGAUCAGUACCAUUGGUCCUGAUGUAGUACUACAAGAUGCUUCUCCCAGUAGAGAGCCCAUGUUUGCUGGGGGGGAAACAGAGGAAACUAUUCUGAAUUCUAAUACCACCGACAAAGUAACAGAAUCAUCUGAUGUGAAAAGUGAAGAAGUUUUUAGUGCAUUAAAAACAUCAACACCAACUGAUUCCAGAGCAGCCUCCCCAUUCUAUGAUAGCAACACUGAUGACAUAAAGACAGAUCUACUGGUAGAGGCACUGGCACCCACACAGUCACAGGACCUCUUGCUCAGCACAGAUGGGACAGACAACCCAACCACCACUACCAUUCUCACCAGCACCACAUUUAUGUGUAACACUGAGCCUGGCACUGAGGUGGACAUAGGCACCACCACCCCAUUGCCACUGGAAACAAACCCACAGAACAAAGUCCUAAUACAACAUAUUAUGACACCAGAAGAAAGCCUGUUUGCAACAGGGACGGGCACUCCCAUUCUCAUCGAAGGUCCAACAUCAGAUGAUGUGUCAAUGAGAGUCUUUGACGAGUCCGCCGAUCAGGUGUCACAGCAAAGUGGUGACACCCUCACACAGGUUGACACUACAACAGACAUUGACGAAGAGUUCUUCACAACUGCUCCAGUGAUUUCAGCUGUAAGAAGCAGCACCACCAUCGCCCCGGAAACAACGGUCACAAAGGAAUCGUCUAACAAAGAGACCACUGUCAUGCAGAAGCAGAACACAUCAGUUGCCCAGAUCACUCAGUCAGAAACUUCUCUGUCUCCUGUUCUGCCUGACCAUGCCACCGCCUCAAUGGCAGAUGGUGAGCCCAUCCUCCAGAGUGGAAACCCAGACUUGUCCCUUGCCACUGUAACUACUGCUCCAAUUAUUAGCUUUAUUAAUGGGAAAUAUGAGAUAACACUUGAUCCACAGAGUCCAGAGGACAAAGAAGCCAAAGGUACCCAGAUUAUAACAAAUUUGAAAAGUUUAGGAGGAAGUGAAGCGUUUGAUGAUGGAUGGCCCGACCACCCUGUAGAUAGCUUUACUCAAACGACAGAGGGGUUCCUCUCAAGCACAAAAACACUGGGCCUAGAUGAGCCUGACACUGAUGUUAUCCCAAAAGCUGAAACUAAACCUCAUCACAUUUUACGUGAAAAUGAAGAGGGCCCCACACAAGGAGACAAAAGCCCUGCUCCAACUACAACUUCGGGUGACACUACAUCAUUUGAAACCACACAAAAAGCUAGCUCUGCAACCACAGACAGGAUGUGGGAUAUGACAGCUCCUUCUGCUCAUUUGUUUCUAACCGCAUCACCAUCUGAGGAACAUAUGACCAAAAUAGCAGAAGACAUCCUAAUAACCUUAACAGAUAAGGUAGCCUCCACUGUCAUCUCCACAUCUCUGCAAAAAGAGGGAGACGAGUCAAUGGACGCUCACACAACUACAACAAGUGACUCACAAGUCACUCAGACAGAAAAAGCAGAGGAUCCAUCCCUUUUUACUUUGGCAACUGAUCUUCACACAGACAGAAACAUAGCUAAGGCCACAGUGGAAAUAAAAAGCACAUCUGUGCCACCGGCUGCUGAAGAUUCCUCUCAAGCUUCUCUACAGACUGUGCACACUCCCUCGUCUGAUGAUGCCGAUGGGAAAACAACAAGCAAAAAGAGCAGCAUUACAGAAGGAACGUUAAAAGAAUCCGUAUUACAAAUGACAUCAACUAUUUCUUCUGACGCCAAUCUAACAUCAAUGCCAACCUCUACAUUUAGUUCCACCCCAAGUACAGUUUUUAUUCACAGCACUGAGACUUUUAUGGCAGCCACUGAUGGAACUAAAAUCAAUGAGUCUAAAACAUCCACAGGAGAGUCUUCUAUAUCUGGAAUAACAAUGGUCACAGAUACACCGCCCAGCAUGGUCUCCAGUAUAUUCUCUACUGUUUCAGAAACUUUGGACACAGUUCCUUUAUUGUUACCUGAAGAGGAACUCAAAACUUUAGCAGAUCAGACAGAAGAACAAUCAUUUCUGACUCCUGUUUCUGAUAAAACCCAUGAUGAGGGCUCAGGGGACGAAACACCUGAUAUUUUUGUUACAUCAUCUUCUGUUAUAGCGUCAUCUUCCCAAGACAGCACUGACAUAUCCAAAACAACAUUGUUUGUAAGAACAGAAAGUUAUCUGAAAGAGCAUAUGAAUAUACCGUCAAGUUCUCGUGUCUCUAAUGUUACAGAAGAAAGCUCUGUGACAGUAUCUCCAACGUUAUCCUCUACUCCUGGUGAUAUUUAUGAUAAAAUUAUAAGCAGUGAGACUAUGAUGGUUGAUUCUGUUCCUUCAUUGAGUGGAUCAAUCUUUACACAUGGGACAAGUUCAUUAUUCACUACAACAGACACAGAGACGUCUGGGGAUAACUCUGAUGCUGAAGAGUCAAGUCUUAUAACUACUAUCUCUUCAAUGUUUAGUACAGAAACACCAGCAAUGACAACCUCACAUGGUGGUGGAAUAAGUGGCAUUUCAAGGACAUUUGUCACUGCUGCAACAUCCAUUUACAGUACUGGGAAGGAAAAUCCAAUAACUCUGGAAAUGCAAACAUUAAGUACAGCUAAGUCUGAGGAAGUUCAAGAUGGUUCAGGUGACCAGACGCCAGAUAUGAUCAUUCAGACAUCUUCUGUGACUGCCACAUCUGCUCUUGGCAGUACAGAAGUAUUUACUACCGAAUCACCGAUUGUAGCAUCUACUGUUCCAGAAAUUAAGGUGCAAGACGCAAGCACUGAGUCCAGUCAAUCUGUCUUUGGGUCAGGUUUGACACCUGAAACAGAAUCAUUAUCAGUCAGUACUGCUUUCAUAGAAGGUUCUGUAGACAUGGCCAUAGAGCUCACUGCAAAAUCAUUUGUUUCAGCAACCACGUCCACCUCAAUAAUUAGCACCAACACCCAAGUAGUGACAGCAUCUCAUAAAAUGCCUACUGAGCAUCAGAUGUCAGAUGUGAUGAGCACAAGCUCUGUGUCCCCACGUUUUUCUUCGAUGGUAUCAUCUACAGUUCCAGAUAUUGAAGAAGGAGGUAUGGGCACCGAGACUAUGAUGGUCGAGUCUAUUCCUUCCUUCAGUGACUCACCUGUCCAACCUGCAAUUGCAUCAUUUUCCGCUUCAACAAAUGAAACAAAGAGUUCUGGAGACAUAGCUGAGGAUUUUAUUGGCGAAUCAAAAAUCAUAACACCUACUUUUUCCUCAUUUUUUAGUACAGAGACACCAGCAUUGACAGCUUUAACUCCAAGGUCUCUCGAAAUUCAAACAUCAUUAAAUAUGGCUAAGACUGAUAAUGUGAUAUUGACAACAGAUGAAACUUCUCUUAUGACCCAAACAGAUCAAGAUGCUCCAGAUAUUGAAGAUGAAAAUGUGAGCACUAAAUCCAUUCCAUCUGUCAUUGGCUCAAGUAAAACAUCAGAAACAGAAUCCUUAUCAGUCAGCAGAACCUUUACAGAAGGUUCUGGAGAUGAGCUCACUGGAGAGUCUUUCAGUUUAGAAACCAUUUCUUCUUCAGUGUUUAGCACUGAUAUGCUUGCAAUGACAUCACAUAGAGUAAGCCAGAGUGAGAACUCCUCACUUACACCUGAAAAGAAAUCAGCGUCUUCAGAAAAACAGGGAGAGAGUUCAGGUGAGCAAAAUACUGAGGUGUCUCAAAAACUGCCUACAUCUCCAACAAUUUCCUUGUUGUUUAAUACAGAACAAACAACAGAAAAACCUCUUGAGGAUAAAGAAGCAUUUUCCACAGGUUCACCUUUCACCACUGACUCCCGACAAAUGAUGUCACAUGAAGCAACAGAAAGCCAUGAACCAGAAAUGCCGUCAGUUACAGGUGAACCUUCAGUUUCCUUGGUCUCUGAUGUGACAAAUCCAAUGUCAUCCAUCAGUGGCUCAAGAACGAAUGACAAGGCAUCCUUCUACACUACCAUAUAUACAGAGAGCUCUGGAGAUGGCCCAGAUGUUUAUAGUGAAGAGUCAGAAAUCACAACAACUUCUGUUUCUUCAAUGUUUAGUACUGAUACUCUUGCAGUGACAACAUCACAUGGAACAAGCCAGACUGAGGACAGAUCCCUUACACCUGAAAACAAUUCAGCUUUCCCAGAAACAGAAACAGAGAGCUCAGGUGAACAAAUAACUGAGGGGUCCCAAAAACUGCCACCAUCUCCUACCGUUUCAUCAUUGUUUAGCACAGAAAAAACAACAAAACUGCCUUUUGAGUAUAAAGAAACGUUUGUCACAGGUUCACUUUUCAACAUCACUGACUCCCAAGAAGUAAUCUCACAUGGAGUAACAGAAGUCUAUGAACCAGUUACAGGAGAAGGAUCAGUUACCCUUGUCUCCGAUGUUACAAAUCCAAUGCCAACUAUGAAUGUAUCAACCAUGAAGAGUGUAGCGGCAUCAUUCUAUACUACCACAUAUACAGAGAAUUCUGGAGAUGGCACUGAUGUUUUUAGUGGUCAGUCAAAAAUCAUAACAACUUCCGUUUCUUCAAUUUUUAGUACAAAAACACCAGAAGUGACAACAUCACAUGAAGAUGUGAUGAAAGACAGUUCAAACAAACCUGUUACUACCACUUCAUCCCUCUCCAGUACUGAAAAAACAACUCAAGAGGUUCCUGAAACUUCAGGUAAAACUGAGGAAGCUUUGGCUGUAACCCCACUAGAUCGAGAUGGUUUAGGUGAACAGACCCAAGACAUGCUCCAUCAGACAUCUUUUCUCAACGCCACAUCUACUCUCGACUUCACUGAGGCGCCACCUGCAGAAUCUCCUCUGAGAUUAUCGACUCUUCCAGAAAAUCACAUUGAAGUUGUAAGCGCUGAGCUAACUCCAUCUGUCCCUGAACCUAGGAUUACACCUGAAACAGAAUAUUUUGAAGAUAUUGAUGAUGGAUUUAUCGGCAGUGUGCUCAUUGAGUCUUUACCUUCCUUACAUGGAACAACCAUGACGCUUGGAAUGGCAACAGCCACAGAAGGUUCUGGAGACAUCAUCAAUGAGUUUACAGGAGAGUCAAAAAUCACACCAACUGUUGUCUCAUCAAUGUUUAGUACAGAGACACCCCCUGUGAGAGUAUCACAUAAAGAAGUUACAGAUGAUAUUUCAAAAAUCUCAGGUACUGUUGCAUCGUCCGUGCAUAGUAUUUUGAAAACAACUCAUCAAACAUCAUUAAUCACAGGUAAUUUUCACGAAGUGAUGUUGACUACAAUGAGUCCGGAUCAAGAUGGCUCAGGCGACCAAACCAAAGACAUGUUCAUUCAAACAUCUUACAUCACUGCUGCUACUCUGUCCACUACUGAAGCACUAACAAAGCCUCCUACUAGUUUAUCUACAGUCACACAUAUUGAGAUUGAGGAUGUGAGCACUGAGUCAAUUUCAUCGGUAACUGGAUCAAGUAUAACACCUGAAACCGAAUCACUAUCAUUUAUCAGUAACACUUCAAGCAAAGGUUCAGGAGACAAUAUUGAUCUAACUGAAGAUUCAUUAAUUUUAGCAACCCCUUUCUCAUCCAUGUAUAGAACUGACACCCCAGCAACAACAGCACACGGAACAGAUUCUAAACCCCCGGCACGCACAAGUCAGACUAAGGACUCUUUAGUCACCAGUUUUACUAUGAAGGCCUCAAAUGAAGAAAUUACCGAGAUGCCCAGUAAAGUCACUGCAUCUCCAGAAUCUUCACCCUUGUUUAGCACAGUGAAACCUACAAAACUGCUCCUUAUUGAAGAGGACAUGGUUUCUUCAGGUGGAUCAUCUCUUUACAAUACGGAGUCUCGCGGAGCAAUGUCACAUGAAACCACAGAAAGCCAUGGAGCAAAAACGUCAUCAGUUACAGAGAACACUUCUACUUCUGUGACCUCUGACCUAAUCAACACAAUGGCAGUGUCUCCAAUGCUUUCGUCUAUUGAAUUGUCUACUGUUUCAGAUGAUGAUGAGUCUUUUCCUUCUCUCAGUGGUUCAACCACCCAAUCUGGACUGUCAUCAUUUUUCACUGUCACAAACAUAUAUGGUUCUGGAGAAAGCAUUAAGGAUUUUACUGAAACAAUUAAAACAACUACUGGUUCAAUAUUUAGUACUGAUACACCAGUAGUGACAGAAUCACAUGGAAAUGAAACAAAGACAUCCAUUGCUGUGUCAUCCCUCUACAGUACUGAAGCACCAACAGCCGAACCUCUGAUUGUGUCAUCUACAUCUGUACUUGGAACAAGUGUGAUGCCUGAAACUAAAUUGUUAAUCACUAACAUUGAUGGAUCGGAAGCUCUGGUUGACUCGACUGGAGAGUCAAUCAUUUCAGCAACAACUUCCUCUUCAGUGUUUAGCACUCACACCCCAGCGAGGACAGAAUCACAUGAAACAUCUUCUGAGCCCCAUACACAUGUAAGUAAGAAUGAAGACUCAUCAUUACCACUAGAGACAAUUCAGACUUUUCCAGAUAUUGAGGAAGAGAGCUCAGGUGAACAAAUUACUAAAAUGCCCCAAAAAGCUCCUUCACCUCCUACAGAAUUCUUAUUGUUUCACAAAGAAAGACCAAGAGAAUUACCACUUCAGGAAAAAGAGACUUUUACCGAAGGCAGUGCUUUGUACAGCACUAACUUCCCAGAACAAGUGACAAAUAAAACAACUUUGUUUCAUGGCUUUCUGGUAUCAUCAGUUGCCACUGCAGACUCUAAUGGUUCUGGCGACAGCAGUGAUGAGUUAACUGGGGAACCAAAAAUCACAACACCUACACCUUCUUCCACGUUUAGUACAGGGUCAUCUGCAGUGACUGCAUCACAUGGUUAUGGAACCAGUGACAUUUCAAAGAUGUCUGGUACUGCUGCGUCAUCCUUUUUUAGUACUGAGAAACCUACUCCAACUGUAUCGUCUGCUCUUCCAAUUAUUGAGGACAUUGAUAAUGAAGAAAUUACCAGUGACAUUAUGAUGGUUGAGUCUAUUCCUUCCCACAUUGGAUUAACAAUCAAACCUGGAAUCGUACCAUAUGUCACUAUGACAGAUUAUGACAGUUCUGGUGACAGCACAGAUAGAUUAAUGAAGGAGUCAACAAUAACAACUGUUUCAUCACUAUUCAGUACAGAGACACCAGCAAUGACAACAUCACAAGAAUUUCAAAACAGUCAAGUCUCAAAGGCCUCAGUAACGCUGUCAUCUCUCUACAGUACUGAUAAACAUACAUCAGUGUCUCCUGAAAUACAAAAGUAUGUGACUACAGCUAAGAUUGAUGGAGUGCUGUUCACAAGUGGGACAAAACCAAUCCCUGGUCAUCCUGAAGGGUCAGGUCAUCAGACCCAAGAAACACAUACACAGACAUCUUCUGUCUCCUACACCGAGAUGCCUGAAGGAGUAGAACGUGAUCAAACAACCAAACCCAAGAUGCUUUCAUACUCACAGCUACCAACAGCUUCUCCUCCUUCUUCUGGGACAAGGACUAGUACCAAAUCCUUACUAAUAGUCUCUUUUCUGUCAUCCACUCUUGCAGACAUUCAGGAUGACAUUAGUAGCCAGGCACACAUGGUGGAAUCCAUUCCUUCCUUCAGUGGGACAACCAUAAAAUCUGAAACUAUUCAGGUUAUGGAUACCUCUGGUGACCACACUUCAGACUAUGCGAAAUACCAGUCAAGUGAAACAACCACUGUCCCUUUAAUGUCUAACACACUUAUUCCAGUAACCACAGGAUCAAAUGAAAAUGUCACAAGACAUGUCUCAAAGGAUGCUGUUACUGUAGGAUCUUCAUACAGCACAGAGAAACUAAAUCGAAUGUCACAUGAAACGCAAGAAACUGUUAACAUAAGUCAUACAGAGAAACCUAUGGCUACAGUUGAGGCAAAGUCUAUAGUAUCAACUGUAGAUGACGAGAGCAACAAUGAUGCAUCCAUCAAGGAGACCGUUAGAAUUAUAAGCGUUGCUUCUUCCCUCAGCCCUGAGAAACAAACACUGGAGUCAGAGAUGCACACUUCUAAUCAAGUAGAAGGCUCUACUGCAGCAACACCUAGUUCCAAUCACUUUAGCCAAUCUGUAAUACCAGGAAUAACUGCUACAACACCUGGACAGUUGAUAAUCACACAAAAUCAAAAACUACACAGCACGGAAAAACCUUCAGAUAUUCCGAUCAUCAAUGAAUUUGAUGAAGGUUCUGCAAUCAUUCUUACAGAACAGGACAGCUCAAAUGGACAUACAACUGAAAUUUUAACAAAAGAAUCAUCUAGUUUGUCUUUUUUGCCAACUACAGACAGAAUAAUGGAACAUAGCAGCCACUCAGCUGUUUUGAUUGGCACCUCACAGGAGACAUUUACUAAAUCUCCAUUCUCCCCAAAGCCUUACAUUCAAAUAAUUGACGACACAGAGUUUAUUGAGCAAACCCCUGAAUUGUCUACAAAAGUCACAGGGAAGACAUCUGCAACCAUCUCUUCAAUGUUUAGUACAGAGACACCAGCCCUAUCAACAUCCCAUUCAACAAGAGGAAAUGGCAGAGAUUAUUCUCAUUAUAGCAUUGAGACUCCAGUUUCAAGCUCAGGAGAUGUCGUAUCUGCUGUCACAACUGAAUUCAACCUAGCAACACCAAAACAAGAGUCAUCUACAGAACAAACGACCUUGUCAAAAACCACCAUCAGCCCAUCAGUCACAGUUGAAGAAAGUUUGGGUGAUAGAAUAUUUGCUGUUUCAUCAAGUUCCCUUAUAUUUGAAGGGACUCAAACAAUCGUAAUCCAGAGUCCUUCAAAAGAAACCUCCACUUAUGAUGACAUGGAGAUCUCUGGGCUUUCACCCGAAGAGGAUGAUUUAGAGACAAGUUCAGAUGGAUCAGGUGGAGAAAUAUCAAUUGAUACAACCGAUGAGACAGAAAUAGACAAGAACACAAAUAAAUCGUCAACUCAACCGAGCAGACAGUCCACGCCGGAAUCUGUGUUAUCAACCCAACCUCCCCAAGCGACUCACAAUGAGAUUUACUUAACUGAGCAAGGAAGUGGUGUCUUCUUUGAUGAUUCAAUAACUGAAGAUGAGAGUUCAGGUACUGACAUUUUUGACAUAUCAACAACAUUCCAACCAAAAGCAACAUCAUCUGUGCUUGACACCACUACGGCAGCCACAAGACAAAUCACUCUCUCACCCAGUACUCUUGCUGUCUCUGAGGAUACUUCAACUGACAAGAACUCUACAGAAAAAGUUGUAACACGAAAUCCUGCUUCUCCCCUGUACAUCACUGUGGGCUCAAAAGUGUUUACACCAGAGACACAAACAAGAUCCGAGAAUAAAGAAGAGGAUGAGACACGUGAACAUUCCACAACCAUGGUAAUUUGGAGUACCAUGUCAACCUCUCAUGAAAUUACAUCUACUGAAAGUGAAACAAUUACAGCCUCUUCUCCCCAAGAGACAGCAGCAACAUCAGAAAAUCUAAAAUCUGCUUUUACUGAAGCAUCUUUUUUCGACCGUACAUCGAAGUCUACUGCGACUGCAGUUCCUUCUCUCUUCAGCACAGUAAAACCAAACCUCAAAACAUCAUCUGUGGUGGGAUCUGCCCAGUCAGUUGUUACACCUGUAACUGAUGAAUCAACACAGAUUUUGACAAAAGGUGAGAGUUCUGGUGAACAAACCACACAGAUGUUCCCUGCUGAGCCAUCUGUGAUUAUGAAUGUUACAUUUGGAGAGGCAACUAGUGAAACUGAAACAUUUGUUCCAGUCACUUCAACCACAGAUGAGGUUUCCUCACAGGAGAGGGAAACGACUCAGGAUACAAAAACUCCGAACACCACUGAGAUUACACAGUCUCAGAUUUCUAGCACUGGUACUGAUGCAUCUACUAUACCAGAGAAGAAAACACAAUCAUCUUUUACAACUCUUCUCCCCCACAUAAUUAGUGGUUCAAUGGAUGUUCACAGUAAGGGUGACCUAACCACAGUCCACUCAAGCAGUGAAUAUAAACAAGCUGAAGUCACAACUCUCCCAACCCCUAUUCCUUCAGUUAUAUAUCACAGCAUUUCAGACCAACAGGCAGUCAUUGUUACUCCCAGUGGCCAGGCCAAGACUGAUUUAAAAGAAAAAACAUCCACCACGGUGCUGCAUGUGUCAAGACCAUCAACCAGCAAAACAAUUUUAUUUACAGAAGAUACAAAGAAUGAAGAUGAACUAUUUUCCCCAGUUACUCACAGCUUAAGAGAAGAAAGCCCGUCUCCUGAGCUCCUCCCGGGCACUGAUAUUAUUAUUGAUGCUGAUACCAUUUCCAUCAUCCCCUCUUCUCCAUUUUACACAACCAUUCAGACAGAAGAGGCAGGAGGUCUCACACCAGUUACAAUGAUGAAACAAUUGGAGGUGACAGAAGAACCAGAGGCUUCAGGAACCGAUGCUAUAAACCUCUUCACUCCUACGCAUGCAUCAGCAUCCUCUUCUGAAUAUUCUCCAUCUAUGUCUGAAACAUUGCAUGUGGAAAGUGAAACAUUGUCAUCACAAGCCACCCUAGCUUUGACUGUUGCAACCAAACCAAGGCAGGGAGUAUUAUAUGAUGUAACACCAUCACAGCCAUCUUUUUCACUUGAUACUCAUACACCGCUAGUUCCGAAGCACGUGGAUGGAUCACCCACAGCCAAUACAAUCACAAGUGUGGCUGAUGAAACAUCAAGUGUAUCCUCACAAAUGUCUGUCCCAACCAGUCGAGUAUUUAAUCAGGAGUCGUCAAAUCCAUAUGACUCAGAUGAAGGCUCUGGAGGAGAAAAAGUGUUCAGCCCUGAACCCACAGCAACAAUAGCAUCAUCCUCUGAAUGGACAGCAUCUGAUAUACGAGUAACAUCGUCAACGUCUUCACUGUUCAGCACUAAAAAGCCUGAAACUAUUACUGGAGCUGCUACAGAAAAAGGUAUAAAAUCAUCAAGCCCUUGGUCAUCUCUAUACAGUACUGUGAAACCAAUGCCCAAUUUUGUAUCUGAUGUUACUGGCACCGCAAAUAAUGAAACGCUGACCGUUUCAACAGUGAAGCUUGAAACAAUAUCACAUCUAAGUGCUUUGCCUGAGCCUGGUAGUGGGGAGGCUGAAAUAGUUCUAUCAAAUGCCGCUUCAAGACUCUACAGCACUGAGAAGCCAACACAUAAAUACAUUCAUGUAACAGAGCGUCCAACACAAACAUCUGCUACUCUUAAGUGGCUCUUCACAACAUCAUUACAUCCUGCAGCUGUGGAGGGCUCUGCUGAUGAGAUCUCAGAUGGCACAACUGCUUCAGCAAUCAUAGUACCUUUUGAUAGUAAAAAUACUUCUGGCAAUGUAAUAUCAACUCUUUUCAGAACAGAUAAAGCCGUAAAGUCCCAAGAGGAUGGAAUAAAUGAUGUAACCACAAUGCUAGAUGAAGCAGUAUUUUUAGAAACUGUUUCCCCUUUCUCUGACAGGAUGAUAGUCAACCCAUCACAGAAUGAGAGCACAUUAGACCACAUUGCAUCUUCAUUUACAAAGGACUCAUUUUCUACAUCAACAGUGCCUUCUGUAGAAAGCACCUCUCAAUUUGACCCACUUGUCCAAUUUGUUACCACUUUUGUUCCAGAAUUAGACACAUCCCCAUCUGAGAUAUCCUUGCAACAUGCAAUGUCUGAGAUUGCAUCUACUCAUCAUUCCAGUAUUGCUCAGAGUGUCAUAGCCACCACAAGCCCAAUGUUUCCCAUUGAAGGGUCAAGUCAGUAUUUCAGACCUAGUGGCAUGCUUACUCAGACUAAAGUAGAGGAUAAUACAUUUGAGCCCUCACCAACUAUUGUUUACAUAACUUCCCCUCAUUCCCCUGAAAUGCUAUAUUCCAAAGCAACAGCCUUUCCUGAUGUUGUAUCUGGAACACCUCCACAAUCUAUUCAGUCUGAAAAACCACAGGAAGAAGCUUCUCAGACAGAAUCUGAUUCAGUCUCAUUUGACACAACUCCUGAACGCCACAGUGAAAAAAUCCUACAUGGAAUAACUGAAUCACUUCCAGUGCAACCAGAAAAUACCUCAUCACCAAUGUUCUCUUCACUGUCAAGCCCUACAACUCCACCAGCAGCUACCAUUUUAGAUGUUACUCAACAAUUAUCUUCUGAUGAAACUGUGAAUUCAACUACAGGGGCACCACAUACAGCUGCUGAAAGUUCAGGUUCCUCAGAGAGUGAGGAUGCUUCUGCAUCAACAGAAAAAAGUCUAAUCACAUCAACAGAAGAAAUGGGUUCAGGGUUCACAAUAUCAAGCGUUUACAAUGCAGACAUUGCUAGUCCAACAUCAACUCAGACAGGGUUAUCUUUAUAUGAAGAAACAUCUGGUUUUAGAUCUACUGAGACUUCCAUGACAGAGGGUUAUUCAACGCAGUCCCCUGAUAUGUCCCUAAGUUCUAUUAAGUCAGGCUCACAGGAUGUUGAGAAUAAGGAGACACAAUACACUGAGAUAACAAGCACACCAGAACCUACUAGUAUAACAGGUACUGAAGAGACCUCUACCAACUACCAAGUGAUGGCUACGCAAAUACCAGCAGAGCACAUUUCAGAUAUCCCUUUUGGAUCAAUACCUUCACAGGAAGGUAUUUUGGUACAAUAUGUCUCAACCUUUCCUCCCAAACCAAAUCUUACACCCCCCCAGAAUCAUUAUGUCACCACUAUGUCACCCUCCAUCUUUACAACUGGAGAAGGGAAAGAAAUAGUCACUUCUGAGGGUCUGUCCAGAAAGUUGAUCACCACAACAAAACCAGGAUCAGAUGAAAUUCAGACAGUGUUCAAGGUAGCUGCUACCACCACUGCAUCAAAAGUGGAGUCAGCUAAAGUUCAAAGCACUGGUACAGAGGAGGUUGCAUACAAGACAGAACGAUCUACAAUACCCCCACCAGACCAGGCGUUCACAACAUUGACACCAGCUGAAACUCCAAGCCAGAACAUACUAUCAGGCGUAUCAGUGGCCCCCACCCAACUGCUCUCUGGCAAGGAUGACAAACCCGACAUAAAAGCACCUCCGUCGCUCACUGGAGGAGAAUCACAUAUCACAGGGGAGGGCAGUACUUUGCUUCCUGAUACGGAACGUGACCUGGGGCUGACCAUUGUAGGAGAGAUUCUAGGAAUUGACACCUGUACUGAAAACAUUUGUCUGAAUGGAGGAUCUUGCCUCAUGAGUGGCAGCAUCCUAACAUGUAGCUGUGCACCUGGUUAUGGCAGUGAUCACUGUGAAACAGACAUUGAUGAAUGCCAGUCCAACCCUUGCCGCAAUGGAGGUACAUGUGUAGAUGGGAUGGCUUGCUUCACAUGUGUUUGCCUCCCGAGCUACUCUGGGCUGUUUUGUGAGGAGGAUACAGAGGCAUGUGAAUAUGGCUGGCACAAGUUUCAGGGCCAGUGCUACAAAUAUUUCCCCAGCAGAAGAAACUGGGAUACAGCGGAGAGAGAUUGUCGCAUGCAAGGGGCUCACUUGACCAGCAUUCUCUCCCAUGAGGAGCAACAGUUUGUCAACCGUCUUGGACAGGAUUACCAGUGGAUUGGCCUGAAUGAUAAAAUGUUUGAUAGUGACUUCCGCUGGACUGAUGGGAGCCCCACGCACUAUGAAAACUGGAGGCCCAGCCAGCCUGACAGUUUCUUCACUGCAGGAGAGGAUUGCGUGGUGAUGAUCUGGCAUGAAGACGGCCAGUGGAAUGACGUUCCGUGCAACUACCACCUAACAUUCACUUGCAAGAAGGGCACAAUUGCCUGCAGCCAGCCUCCACAGGUGGUAAAUGCACGGACCUUUGGGAGACAACAUGAACGCUAUGAGGUAAACUCAUUGGUCAGGUACCGUUGCAGCACAGGAUACAUUCAGAGGCACAUCCCAACUAUCCGUUGUCGUGGCGAUGGACAUUGGGACAUUCCUAAAAUUACCUGCAUGAACCCAUCCAACUAUCAAAGAAGCUUCUUUAGAAAACAUCAACACAAAAAUCUGUACAGCAUCAACAACUUCAGGCAAUUGCCAGAUCACACCUUCCACUUCUACCAUCAGCGCUACAGGGGACGGAGAGACAAGCCGGAACAGAAAAGGAAGCGAGUGUGAUUACCAAUACAGUAUACUGUAUGCGGUUCUAGAACAAAUCAAUUACUUGUGUGUGGAAAAUAAGGAACAAGCACAAGAGUAUAUGAACAAUCUAAGAGGACCUGCAUUCUGGAAGACAACGGAAUCUAACGAAGUGCGUUUUAAAGGAGAGAACUUUUUCUAUUGAGAGACAAUGUUUUCUAAUGUUGCCUACGUGGAGAGAAACUUUGAACUAGCUACUGGAAAUAUUUUAAAAAGUAGACUUUUUUUUAGGUUAUCAAACAAUGCAACGACUGUUGCAUUCUGACAUGACUGUUACUCAAUUCCAUCUGAGCUAUUUCAAAUUGCCAUAAGGGGUCCUUGAUCAAAGAAAAAAAAGAUGUUGUGAAUAUAUAGCGCUUACGUUAUGUAAAUGAAAUUUUUAUGCUAUCGUGCUGUUUUACAAUGUUGACAUUUCGGAGCAUAGUUAGCAGUGUCAGUGGUGAUUAAUCAUACAAAGAAGUUGGUGUUGCCUUCUUAUAACUGUCAACCAGUCUAAUAAUUUUGAAUUAAAAUCAAUUGACCUCUUUUAUUUUGAACCAAAUAGUGGAGGCAGCUUUCAAAGGUACCAACCGGACCCCCAACAUUUUUUUUCUUCUAUUGAACAGACUUCUAUAUAGAGAAUAAAUGAUAUUUUUAUUUUGUAGGUAUGGUCUGAGCAGCCUUGAUAGAGCAGUUGCACACCAAUAAAGCCAUUUGAAACCAAUGGGCAUCGAUACCUACCAGUGGCUUUAUAUAAAGGACGGUGCAGAAUUGAUGCAUUUUUUGUGCACAACGUCUCGCUAGGACAUGUUUACAGUAAACAUAAUGCUGUUUAAAAGUACACACCACAAAACUAUGCUCUCAUCUGCUGCUUCUGAGCUACACUCUGGGAGAGUUUAUGCCUUUUAUUGAGAGAAUGUAUUUUGUGAAACGCUCCGAACGACUUGUACGUUUAAGCAGGGAUGCAUAUAAUUUAUUUUUCAUAUGCUCCUCACCUCCUUAAAUGUUUCUACUCUAUUAACAAAUCAAUCACACUAAUGGUGUUGACACUAUAUGAUGGGAGCUUUAAUAUCAGCAGUGGACCAAAUAAUAUGGAGGGCCACGUCGGCUUCAAUAAUGCUGUUAUAUACCAUUACUUCAUUCAUUUUCCGUACCGCUUAUCCUCACUAGGGUCGCGGGUGUUAUAUACCAAAGACAUAAUAAUAUACCAGUGGAUGCAUUUUAUUAUUAUUUUUUUUUUUAUAAAGGGAAAACGUGUUUUUGUUUUGUCUGCCUGUGAAUGUCCAAGUGAGUGUCUCAGCCUUAAUGUGCACAUAAUAUUCUUUUAUAUUUAUAACAUUUUGUUUUAUUGUGUCACACUGUGAAUGUCUGGGAUGUUUGUGUUUCUAGUUUUUUGAAAAACAGGUAAGCCUGUUCACUCUCUGUCACAAAAGAAAUAAAAUGGAAUAUAUGAA